CUACGCAGUAAGAUGAAAGCGGUGGUGUGUACUAAACGUUUGAAGAACGUAGCGCGAGGGAUGUGAAAAGUGUUUUUUCACAAUCUGUGACUAACUGGCCUGUUUUUUUUUCUCAUUACGUCUUGUUGGAUGCGUCGGGCACUCAGCUGUGGUGCGGGUAUGUGACGACGGAAGAUGUUUUGAUGGUAAAGAUUCGUAUACCGAAUUUUCACCCGAAACACGAACUGUCAUCCGUUCGAAGAUCGAAACGGACUUCGUUACGUGUAUCGGCGGAAAAACAAGCAAUUUAUGAUGGGGACAGAUCUCGAAAUAUCCCACGUCAAAGUUAUCGUGAUCGUUUAAUCGUGACGUUGGGAUUAAAGAACCAAAGUACGUUGUCCGAGAAACGCAAAGCUAGAACUGACGUUCUUUCAAAAUGGGAAAUUGUUUGAAACGCGCUGGAAGCGGUCAACAGGACAAUACCACUUUGCUGAGUAACAAUCCUGAUCCUCCUACAUUGACUAGCGGUUCUUUACAAGAAGGCCUUGGACCUCCGAUACCUAACAAUGAGGCUGUAACCUUUUCUUAUGCACCAGUUUUUACAAGGGAACUUCAUCUUCAACAAAUUGGCAUUGGUGUUAAUCUAGGACCAGGUAGUGAAGAAGAACAACAAGUUAGAAUAGCAAAACGCAUAGGACUUAUUCAACAUUUGCCUAUGAGAGAAUAUGAUGGGACUAAAAAAGGAGAAUGCGUGAUAUGUAUGAUGGAGCUCCAGGUGGGAGAGGAAGUGCGUUAUUUACCCUGUAUGCAUACUUAUCAUGCAGUAUGUAUCGAUGAUUGGUUGCUGCGUUCCUUGACUUGUCCAUCGUGCAUGGAGCCUGUAGAUGCAGCAUUGAUUAGUUCAUAUCAUCCGACCACUUAACACCAAGGAGAUGGAGAAUGAAAUAGCUAAUCGGGUAAUAUUCUGCACAUGGAUCAUAAAAAGAAGUAAAGUGUAUUUACGAUCAAAAUGCAAUCGCCAUAGUUAUUAAUUUUCUGCUAAAUCUAAAGUAGCUUUCCUUUCAUAUGGCUGCAAAAGAUAUCCUAUUUUAUGCUCAAGUAACUGGAGCAACCAAGAGAUGUAAGAUUUUGCUGAAAACACUUUAAGUUGAAUAAAGAAUAGCAGCUACUUGACUUUGGUGAUUUGGUCAAGUAAUUAUAGACAAUUAUACGCAUUGUGAAUAUCAUGAAUAAUAUUCAUCACAAAAUGUCACAUUAUGUACAUUUUUAACUUAAUAGUUGCAAAGGUUUCAUAUUUUCAAAUAUUUGAUUUCAUCUUUAGAAACGUGGAAAACAAAAAUAUUAAAAUUCGAAUCUUACGUAUAAUCCGAAUUAUUUUACACAAAAACUGCUUAUGAUUAUAUAUUCAUAUUAUUAUUUAUCAUUUAUAUAUACUUUUUAUAUAUGCAUUACAAUGCAUUUAAAUUAUUUGAAAGUUUCAAUUCAUCGGAAAAAAUUUGUAUAUUUGUAUAAUUAUGGUUAUAGCGAGCAUCAUAUGUAUUAUCGCGUUAAUAUUUUUCAUCAUAAGCAGUGCAAUUAUCAAAGUCUUAUUCAAUGGAAUUAAAUAAGUAUUAUUUUAAUGUUUUUCCAUUUAUUUUUUUUGCUGUUAGUAAUGAAUACAUAACACAAUAGAUAUCUACAAAUAAGAAGAAAAAAAAAUCAUUCUUUAUUUUUAUAAAGAUAUUCAUAAAAAUAUACAUCUUAAGAUUUUUGUGAAUGUUAUCAUUGAAAUUCAAAAUGCAAUUUCAACUACAAAUGAAAGAACGGGGCUCGCGUAAUAGUUUAAAGUUGAUCAAUUCAAGUUCGAUAUAAUCGAAAUUUGAACAAAGAAAUUGCACGAUGAGUAAGUUAUUCAAUUUAGAUUUUCACAUGGACUUAAAACUCGUAAAUAAAAUUUAAUAACAAUAAAAAAUUAUAAUAAUUAUUAUAAUUUUCCAAUACAUAAAGUUGAUAAUAUAUAAAAAUUCAACGAUUCGAUCGAUUUCAUAUAAAGAAUGUAAAUGUAUAUAUAUUCUUUUAAGAAUAUACGUACGCAUAUGCAUACAUAUAUUUCCUACUUGGACGAAAAUAUUUUAAUGUUUUAUGAGAGCUUCAUGUGUGUAAUGUUAUUGAUUUGUUUGGAAAAAAAGUGAUGCUGUGAAAUAGUGAUUUAUUGACAAAAUAUAAAUAUAAAAAUAGUGAUCUAAUAAUAAUAAUACAAAUAUAAGUAUUUAGUAACAA